ACUUCUACUUCUUGCAUUGACUUAAAUGAACUAUCCUCUCGUCACUAGAGUCAUUAUUCACAGUUAAAUCAACAUGAAAAACUUCUUUGUUCUUAUUAGCAGACCUUCUAUAUGUUCCAACAGCUUGAGAUUUUGUAAUCCUCCUAGGUAAAAACUUAAGUUUGGACUUCAAAUUUGAGUUGCCUUUGCCCUUUGGUGUGGAACUAGCCUUGAUAGUCUCUUACAGUUUGGGCUUCGGAUUUGGGUUGGACUUCUGAAUUAGCUUUUGGGUAAGUUUUGGUUUGGAGAUGGACGAAGGGUUGGGCUUUGACUUGGGCUUGAGCUUUGGGUUAGAUUUGGGCUUAAGAAUGGGUUUGAGAUGAGUUUGAGGAGGAUUUAGAUUAGGGGUUGUGUUAGCAUCAGUGGGGUUUGGAAUAGGGUCAGAGUUGGUUUCAGGAGGGUUUGGGAUAGAAUUGGGGAUAGAGUUUGAGUUGGCAUUUGUAUCAGCAUGGCUUGGGUUGGAGAAUGAAACGGAUUCUGGAUUCGGUUCUGUAGUUGGGUUGGCGGUGUUAGCGUUAGAUUUGGACCCUCACUUGUGUUCUUCUUGCUCAUCAAGUCUCUUUCACUAGGAUAUUCUUCUCUAUCAUCAAGAUAUAUCACAACUUCCUUCCCUAUUAACAAUUAUGGUGUAGACACUCCAUGGUAUAAAUAUACAUCAAUAACUCCAUCAUUCUUCUGUGCAUGAAAGCACAUCUCCCUUAACUCAUCAUCACUUGUAAGAGCUCUCAGUCCACUCUCUAAGUUCCUCCCCGGAGGCAGCCACCAACACUAAACUAUCUUGUCGUACCCAAAUAGACUAAUAGAGCAAACAUAUGCUAAAUAGCUUGAAGUCAAAUAUUAUACAAACUUAAACAAAACCCCUAAAAUAAUAAUGAAAAUAAAAAUACAAAAAAUAUGGUUAUAGGAAGAAAUACUAUUUACUAUAUUAUUAGUAUUGGAUGCAACUUUUUUUUAAUAUAGUAACUAAUUGACGUUCACUAUUUUUACUGCAUUAUUGAUUAGAUAAUCUUAUAUGCAAUCCUAAACUAGUCUAGUUUUAGUUAGGAUGCAUGUUCUUGGACCUUGAGAAUAAUAUUUUCUGCUUGCAUUAGCUAUUCCUAUCUUGAAGGACGAAGGUUACUGUCAACUUGAUCAAUUAUGUUCAAUAUUGUUGGAAUCGUGAGAAGAUAUUAUGAUUCCACUUUUAAUAACUUAAAUUUGAUAAAAAAAAAUUUGUUAUAAAUGUGAUUUCUAUUUAAAAUAAAACGUAUUUUCUAAAUAAAAAUGACAUUAUCAAUUAGAGAGUAACAUAACAGAAUAUCUUCAUUCAUUGCUAUUAAAAAAUAAAAACCAAAUUAACGAAAGAGUGGCAUCCAUCUCUGAGUGCUACAUACUUUGUUUUUUGCCGUGUUUAUGAAGGAAGGAAAAAAUACAGAUCAUGUCAAAAACAUCUACAUAUUGAUUGAGAGUGACAAGGAUAUAGCAAAGAAUUAGACAAAUUUGAUAUACAUUUUUCUCCACGCGUAUUUGAUACUCCUGGCAUAAUUAGAAACUGAGAGAGAAUAGCUCAAAGACUUUUAAGAUAAGCAUUGGAGACUGAAACUUUACCACACAUAUGCAAGACUCUUGGAACGUAAAGGCUGGGUUGAUUAUUCCAUUAUCAUGAUUUGCUCAUCAUCAUUAUGUAUAUAUAAUGUGGUUGAGUGAGUGGAGUGAAAGCCAUUAACAAAUUAAAUAUUCCACUGAAAAUGGGAAUUAGAUACCAAAACGUUGCUGCAUGCGCAGUACUGGUACUUGUGAUGGCUGAAAUUGCAGGCAUUUGUGCAAAUUCAAGUACUACUCUGCACUCUCCAUGUCUUGAAAGAGAGAGGCAAGCUCUUGUGAAGUUCAAAGCAUCCCUGACUGAUUCAUCAAACAUGCUUUCCUCAUGGCAUGGCGAUGACUGCUGCCGAUGGGAAGGGAUAUUCUGCGACAAUGUUACCGGUCACGUUGUCACCCUUGAUCUCGCCACUCCUUUUGAGAAAUGCUGGAGUAGAUCCAUGUCGGAAGAAGAAUAUUGGUUAAGAAGUCAUGACGAGAACAACUGUUUCCUUUUACAUAAUCAAUAUUUAGAAGCUCAGGAUGUUAAUUCAUCGCUGCUGGAACUGGAAUACUUGACUCAUUUGGACUUGAGUGGAAAUUAUUUCCAUUGGAGUCCCAUACCCAUGUUCAUUGGUUCUAUGCAACGCUUGAGGUAUUUGUUGCUCGCUCAUGCUGGUUUUGGCGGGAGAAUACCGAGCAAUCUUGGAAAUCUCACCAACCUCCGAUUUCUUGAUCUGAGUUGGAAUGUAUUUUCACAAGACAGCAACAUCAAUUGGAUUUCUCAACUGUCAUUGCUGGAGCACCUCGACCUGAGCCGUGCUUACAGUUCAUUACAGGUUAAUUUUAUUAACCUCACCAAACUUCAAUUCCUAAGUCUUGCCGGCAAUGAACAUACAGUGUCAAUUUUCGAUGCUUUACAAAACAUGACAUCAUCAUCACUUGUGCAUCUUGAUCUUGGUUGGAACAAUAUUGCUUCAAUUCCAUCUUGGUUUGGCAAAUUCAAGAAACUUGAGUUUCUUGAUCUCUCAGAGUGUUGGUUUCAUGGUUCAAUUCCAAAUGCUUUACAAGAUUCAACUACCAUUGAAUUAUUGAACCUUUCGGGGAACGAAUUUGAGUCUCUUCCAUCCUGGUUUCACAAGUUUAAGAAAAUUAAGCAUCUUUUUCUUUCAUUUAAUAACUUCCGGGGUCUGAUUCCUGAUGCUUUACAAAACAUGACUACCAUUGAGUCCCUUGACCUUUCUCGCAACACUUUCACUUCAGUUCCAUCUUGGUUUGUUGAGUUAAAAACACUUGUCUACCUUGAUCUUUCAUUUAAUGAAUUAAGAUCCAUGGAAUGUUCCAUUUCAUCUAUUUUAAAAAAUAUGUGUGACCUAAAAAGGUUAUAUUUAACAGGAAAUAGACUCCGAAAAGAUUCCAUUGGAAACAAUGAUUUGUCUACCUGCAUGAGACAUGAUUUAGAGAAUCUUGAUUUAGGUGGAAAUAGAUUUAAUGCUCAUUUGCCAUCUUGGUUAGGACAACUUGAAAAUCUAGGCAACCUUUAUCUUGAAGGAAACCUUUUUUAUGGUAUCUUUCCAUCUUCUUUUGGAAAAUUACUGAAAUUGAAAAAUUUAUAUCUAUCUAACAACAAGUUAGAAGGAGGCCUUCCAGAUUCCCUGGGACAACUAGUAAAUUUACAAGUUGUCGAUUUUUCAAAUAAUUUUUUUAAUGGAACCAUCAGUCAAAAUCUUGGACAACUAGUAAAUUUAAAAGUUCUUGAUGUCUCAAAUAAUUAUUUGAAGGGAACCAUUCCUCAAAGUCUUGGCCAACUUGUAAAUUUAUAUGUUCUUGAUGUCUCAAAUAAUUAUUUGAAGGGAACCAUUCCUCAAAGCCUUAGCCAACUUAUAAAUUUAUAUGUUCUUAAUGUUUCAAAUAAUUAUUUAACGGGAAUCAUUCCUCAAAGUCUUGGCCAACUUGAAAAUUUACAAGUUCUUGAUCUCUCAAAUAAUUAUUUGAUGGGAACCAUUCCUACAAAUCUUGAUCAACUUGUAAAUGUAACUAGCCUUCAUUUUUCAAAUAAUUUUUUAAAUGGCUCCAUUCCAAAGGGACUUAAUCAACUUGUAAAUCUGCAUACACUUGAUCUUUCAAGGAAUAAACUAGAUGGGAGAAUUUGUAUUGAUUUUCAAAAACUUGUGAAACUAUCAUACUUGGAUCUAUCAUCAAAUAAAUUGGAUGGAACCAUUACAGCGGAAGAAAGGUGGCCUUUGAUUAUCUCAGAAGUGUCGUAUUUGAAUCUCUCCCAUAAUCAAAUGAGUGGCUCGCUUCCUGAACAUAUUGGUCAUAUAAUGCCCAAUUUGAAGUACUUGCUUCUUGGAAAUAACCUCAUAAAUGGUUCAAUUCCAAAAUCAUUAUGCCAAAAUGACCAGUUGAGUAUCCUUGACCUUUCAAAGAACAGGCUAUCUGGUAAAAUCCCCAAUUGUUGGAAGGAUAACAAAGCAUGGGAAGAAAUAAAUUUGUCAUCCAACAAACUCUCAGGUACUUUUCCAAGCUCAUUUGGGAAUCUUUCCUCUUUAUCAUGGUUGCAUUUGAAUAACAAUAGCCUUCAUGGAGAGUUUCUAGCGUCUGUGACAAAUUUACCACAGUUGUUGAUAAUGGAUCUCGGAGAGAAUCAACUUUCUGGCACCAUUCCAUCAUGGUGGACUGCUAACACAUUUUCCUCACUACAAAUUCUAAGGUUGCGAAAUAACAUGUUGAGCGGUAGCAUUCCUUCACAAAUAUGCCAACUAUUAUUGCUUAAAAUCCUGGAUCUUUCUCGCAACAAUUUAAACGGUCCAAUACCUUGGUGUAUAGGCAAUCUUCAAGGAAUGACUCUUAAGAGUCCCACUUUGUCUCCUACUUCACCAGUUGCUGGGUAUCCCACUUUGCCUCUUGCUUCAAUUGUUAAUGUAGGUCGUUUUUUGUCUCGCACUCCAUCUCAUUUGUCUCCGCCUCCACCAUUUUUGUCUCCUCCUCCACAUCCACCUCCACCUCUACCUCCACCUCCACCUCCACCUCCAUCUCUACCUCCACCUCCUCCUCCAUCUCCUCCUGACUCUCCAAAAGAUUGGCAAACUGAGGAUGUCAUAGAAGUCAUGGAAGGAAGAGAACUUGACUACAUAAAAAUCUUGAAGCUUGUAGUCAUCAUGGAUUUGUCCGAGAAUAAUUUGGUUGGCUCCAUUCCUAACGGAAUAACGAUGCUCAAUGGAUUGCUUGGCUUGAAUCUAUCAAACAAUCAUUUGAUGGGAGAGAUCCCUGAGAUGAUAGAGAAUAUGAAAUCACUUGAAUCCUUUGAUGUUUCAAGUAACCAACUCUCAGGCACAAUUCCAAGCAACAUGCCAGCUUUAACAUCACUAAGUCAUUUAAACUUGUCAUAUAAUAACUUCUCUGGACCAAUUCCCACAGAUAACCAGUUUUUAACUUAUGAUUCAUCGAGUUAUGCUGGCAACCCAUAUCUUUGUGGAUUUCCUCUACCCAACAAAUGUGGUUAUUCACAUCAAGUUAAUGGGACCACUGAAUUUGAAGAUGAAGACAACAGCUUAGAUAAGUUGGAAAAGUGGUUGUUCUACCUUGUGAUUGCAAUUGGCUUUGCAACUGGGUUUUGGGGAGUUAUUGGGACUUUGUGGUUCAAGAAAAAUUGGAGGCAUAUUUACUUCAGAUGGGUGGAAGAUUUAGCUGACACGAUCUAUGUCACAACUGCAAUAAAAAUGGCAAAACUGAAGAAGUGGAUGAUGAUGAGAAACCGUGUUGUUGUUUGAUCAUGUGUGUUUUUGUUUCUAUUUUUAUUUUAAAGAAUCAAAAGUGGUAAUAAAUUAAAGAAAGUGAAACAUGUUUGAGUAUGUAUGAAUAUGUACGAAUUUGAAAUAAUGAUUGUCAUUUGAUGUGUAA